AGGUUGAACAACUAAGAAGGGGCUCGAGUGACCCGACCAUACCGAAUGCAACCAUCGUUGGUCCAAAAGACGUCUCUAGCAAACGCAUCUUUGUCCUGAUUAUUUUCCGAAAGUCUUCCCGCCAGCCAAGUGAUUGUUAAGCUUCUUCAACACUCUUUUAACUUUCAGUUAUAAACAGAAAAUUUGAAUCCAUGGCUAGUCAAAGGAAUGAUAAUAACCCAAACAACGCCUCGAAAUCCAUGGCUACUCAAAAGAAGAGACAACCAUUAUCAGACAUCUCCAAUUUCAAUCUUAUACCAACUUCCACUCUCCGUAAACUUUGUUCCUCAGCAUCUUCUUCGAAACCUCAAAAUGUUAUUCGGAAAGCCCCAAUUUCUAAUAAUACCUCAAAACCCAAUUACAAUUACAAUAUCAAUUCCCCAAACAGGGUAAACUCUGAAACAAGUGUCGCUUCUUCCAGUUUCAACUCUGUUCAAAACCCUACUGGCAGGGGCAGUGAAGCUGUAGUUAACAAUCGAAGGCAGACUGCAAAGAAGUCCAAUUUAGAAGCUACUGCUCUGCCCUUCACUCCCAGUCAUGAAAAUAAAAAAGACAAAAGGAAGGAGAUUGAUGCGCCUUUCCUUUCACUGCCUCCUACAGUUAUGAAGGAUAAAGGGAAAGCAAUUGCGGAGCCCUUCAGUAGCUUGCCUCCUGCGACUAAGGAAGAUAAGGGGGAAGGAGUAGUUAUUCUGUCUACCCCCGUUUCAGGAAAUAAAGCUGUAGUUAACAAUCGCAGGCCGACUGCAAAGAAGUCUAACUUAGAAGCUCCUGCUCGGCCCUUCACUUCCAAUAAUGAAAACAAAAAAGACAAAGAGAAAGAGAUUGAUGAGCCUUGUCUUUCACUGCCUCCUAUGAUUAUGAAGGAUAAAGGGAAAGCAAUUGCUGAGCCUUCCAGUAGCUUAUCUCCUGAGACCAAGAAAGAUAAGGGGAAAGGAGUAGUUAUUCUGUCUACCCCAGUUUCAGGAAAUAAGAGGACGAAAGGUAUUCAUGAGCCUUUCAUGUCUUCAUCUCCCCAGAAGGUAAAAGACAAAGCUCAGGCAAUUUCUCAUGAGCACUUUCCUUCAGAUGAAAAAACAGCAGAAGACUCAUUGUCAAAAAAAGACAAAGCAGCAGAAGAAAAAUUUGGUGUUUUGACUCGGAGUUGCUCAUCUUUAAAGAAAACAAGGGGAAAAGGGACGGCAGAUGUUUCAGUUUUUAGUUGCCCCACUUUGCCAAGGACGAGAACUAAGAGGACUGAAUUCAGUGGAGCUGGUGAUAUUAAACCGUCAGGAUCAAUGACGGAUCCUAGUGGAAAGCGUAAGAAGGUCCAGUUUCAGAGCUACAGGAGAUAAUGUGCUAAAUUUUGUUUCAUUCAUAUCUUUGCACAAUUAGCUUGUGAAAGAUAUUGUAGGUUAACUGCGAGAGACAUUCAUGAUAUGGUGUUCAGUUAACAGUAUGAAACAUUUCUUUUUAAGAGGUCCCAGUAGUAAGCACGGGUGACCCCCUGACCUGAUUUUCCUUUGCCAACCAUGUAAACCUAAUCUUUGGGGAAUAAUAUGACUCAGCAAGAUACCGAAAACUGUGCGGUUGAUGUUUAAAUCUAGUAGUAAUUUUUUUAUAAUACUGAUAUCUACUUGUGGUGUGAAUGCUGUUUGAUCUCUCAUAUCAUAAAUCUACCAUUUUGGUGGCUAAUUAAU